GCUUAGAAAAUGAAACGAGGGAUACCCAUUCUCAACCCUUCUUCCCAACUCUCCACCCACCAAUUACACCAUCUUCCAAAAUCUAAACUACAACAUGACUGCAUUUCAACAUGAGGACUACAACUUCAGCAUUUUCCCAAAGCCUAAGCACAAAACUUAAGCUUCGUUUAAAGCAAUUGCUCUAUGCUGCCAAAACUACUGAUCAUCUGAAACAAACCCAUGUUCUCUUUCUCAAACUCCUUACUCAACAGCAACCCCCUUAUUACCAUUACUUCAUGGGUCGUUUGUUACUCCGUCUUCUUCACUUCACUGAUGAAAGAACCAAUCUUUGCUAUGCCCACAAACUGUUUGCCACAAUGCCAAGCUGCUCCAAUAGCUUCCUUUGGACCUCCCUUAUUCGUGCAUUCCUUUCCCAUCAUACCCAUUUUCGCCAUUGCAUUUCUACCUAUGCUAGAAUGCAUCAAAAUGGGGUUUUGCCAUCUGGGUUCACCUUCUCUUCGGUACUUAGCGCUUGCGGGCGAGUACCAGCUAUGUUUGAAGGAAAACAAGUUCAUGCCAGGGUGGUGCAGUCUGGGUUUAUUGGAAAUAAGAUUGUGCAAACUGCACUCCUUGACAUGUAUGCGAAAUUCGGCUGUGUAAGUGAUGCGCGCGGCGUGUUUGAUAGAAUGUGUGAGAGGGAUGUUGUUGCCUGGACAGCAAUGAUUUGUGGAUAUGCCAAGGUUGGAAUGAUGGUUGAUGCACGGUGGCUAUUUGAUAACAUGGGGGAACGUAAUUCUUUUACUUGGACUACAAUGAUUGCUGGAUAUGCAAAUUGUGGAGACAUGAAAGCUGCCAAGGAAUUGUAUGAUGUCAUGGAUGACAAGAAUGAGGUCACUUGGGUUGCAAUGAUAGCUGGUUAUGGUAAGUUAGGUAAUGUGAGUGAAGCCAGAAGGGUAUUUGAUGGGGUACUUGUGCCACAUGGUGCAUCAACUUGUGCAGCAUUGCUUGCUUGUUAUGCACAAAAUGGAUAUGCAAAGGAAGCUAUUGACCUGUAUGAGAUAAUGAGACAAGAAAAGAUCAAAAUCACCGAGGUGGCACUGGUGGGUGCUAUGUCAGCUUGUGCUCAACUUGGGGAUAUUAGAAUGUCAAACACAUUAAGAGAUCAUCUCGAGGAGGGUUGCUGUGAUAGGACACAUAUUGUUUCCAAUGCAUUGAUCCAUAUGCACUCAAAAUGUGGAAAUAUAAACUUAGCAUGGAGGGAAUUCAGUACAAUGAGGUGCAGAGACACAUAUACUUACAGUGCAAUGAUCACAGCCUUUGCUGAGCAUGGGCAAUCACAAGAUGCUGUUGAUCUUUUCUCAAAGAUGCAAAAGGAAGGAUUAGAGCCAAACCAAGUUACAUUCAUUGGUCUCCUUAAUGCUUGUAGCUCUUCAGGUCUUAUUAAAGAAGGUUGUAGGUUAUUUCAGAUUAUGACUGGGGUAUUUGGUAUUGAACCCUUACCUGAGCACUAUGCUUGCAUAGUUGAUCUCCUUGGGAGGGCUGGGCAACUUGAAAGGGCAUACAAUCUAAUAAAGGGGAAUGCUACUAGUGCUGAUGCAGCAAGUUGGGGUUCUUUAUUGGCAGCUUGCAGGGUUUAUGGCAAUGUUGAAUUGGGUGAGACUGCAGCUAGACAUCUCUUUGAAAUUGAUCCUGAGGAUUCUGGAAAUUAUGUGCUUCUUGCAAACACUUAUGCAUCGAAGGAUAAAUGGGGGUGUGCAGAAGAGGUUAAGAAGUUGAUUAGUCAAAAGGGAAUAAAAAAACCAUCAGGGUAUAGUUGGAUUCAGAGAGAGAUCAAGGGACAAUAUAAAGAAGAAGCACUUUGAUUGUUAAUUUUGGAUUGUUAAUUUUGGUCAGUCAGAUAUCCUCUUCAAUCAAUAUGGUGAUGUUUACUUGAUCACUCAUGUACUGGCCAACAUUGCACAUCAUUCAUUCUUGCCUUUACCUUGAAAGUUUUCAGUAAUUGUGGAGUGAGCUUUAAAUUCCCAGCUUUAUUUCUGGGCCAUGCAUGUAUCUGAGAUAUCAAUAUCAUUGUGUAGGGGUAGGCCAUUAAGUUAUGAAGCCAUUAAGCAAGGCUGUUAAUCCAUCUAUAAAGGAACCAACUUCAUGUACAUGUUGUGGAUGAGUGUGGUAAUUGAGGAACAUUACAUGGAAAGAACAGUGGGGGCAGUCAUAUUCGAUUGCUUUGACUUAUAACUAUCAACAAGCAGAUAUAGGGACAAAGAUAGACAUGGGGAAGAACACAGUAGGAUUAUCUCCAAGAGUACAUCAUUUGGGCAUGCAAGGAACUGUAGAGGCUAGAAAUACUCAAAACUCCCUCCCAAUGCGACUCAAUGCUUGUUGGUGAUAAAGCUGCAGCAAAUACAUAUCCUACAUCGAGGUAAUUUCCCCCCUUUUGUUUAAUCUUUCUUCUGCAUUUAAAUCUGGUUUUCUGUUUGUGCAUAGUUCAGUAACUGUGGCAGUAUGACUACUUUUGGUAUAUACGUUGUUGAAUAACUUCAAGUCUUAAUAACAAUCUCUUACCUAAGAAAAAAUUGAAGGAGAGACAAAGAGAUGAACAGUGAGAGAUAAGAACCGGAAAAAUAAAAAAAUUUGAUACAAAAAGAUUUUGAAAUAUUAUUUGAUCAAUUCAAAAUUCGAGGAAAAUGUCCUUAUGACAAGGAUUUUGUACACAUAAAAUUGUAAAUGCAUUGGAUAAAAGAAUGUACAAUUUCCAGAUAGUGAUAGUGCUAAAUAGUCCAUGAAUUUUUAGGAAACCAUCAAUUUGAAUUGGACACUAAUAAUGCAAAAUGUGGAUUAGAUUAAUAAAGUUGAAAUUAUACAUAUAUGUAUGUAUCAUAUAUUAGUGUUCCUUUUCAUUCUGAGAAAUCUGUAAGUAAUUUGAUGGCUAUGGAUAGCAAAUAUAUGACUAAGAAGUAACAGCUGUUAGCUUCUUGUUUAAUUAUAGAACAUUAGUACUUCUUUGUACUGCUUUAACAGGUGGCCUCUUUUCAAGAGGUUCAUGCUAGUAGAAGACUAGAAAUUAUUUAUGUUAUGGAGUAUCCUGACAUUUGGCCUCCUGAUUUUGACUUUCUCAUGUUCCAGUGAUCAUUGACCCUUAGGUAGCUUUAAUUUGUUAUGUUCUCCGGUUGUUAACUGAAACAGUGAGCAACGACAGUAUAUCUUUUUGUGACCUGUUGACAUACAACUGGACAUUUUUAAAUAAAGAAAGAAGGAUUAAUACAACGGAAAAGUUUCCUUACACAACUCUAAUGCAAAUAUACAACAAUAUAUCUUUCACAAUGCUUAUCAGACAUUGUGUGAUAAAAAAUAUUUUAAUUUGGUCUUUGAAAGCAGAUAAAUGUUCCUAUUUGCUUUCUAGGUUGAUCUACUUAUUGAGUUGUGUGAUAAAAUUUUGAUUCUAGAGGGAUCACUCUUCAUGCUAUCAAAUUAUUAAUCCCUUCUGCUGUUGGAUUAGAAUUUAGAUUUCAUCUCUGUUGUGAGAUUCCCUAAAUUUUAUGUCUAGAUAUCAUUUAAUAUACUUUUUAUGCGUUUUACGGAUGUAUGCUUAGCCUCGUGAAACUAAUGCAGCCAUAGAAGAUAUGUUAGAUUUUUCCAGCUAUUUUAGUUUACACUAAUAUGCUAUGAAGCAAAUAGAGGUUAAACUUAUCAAAUGGGAUAUAUAGAAAACUAUUAACACAAACCAAUGUUUCCCCUUCUCUUGAAACGGAAGGUAUUUUUUUUCUUACAUGCAUGCUCAGGAUUCAUGGUAGAGGCAGUUAUUUAUUAUAAUGUAUUACCAUUGUUAACACAGUUGACAAGGGUAUCAAAUUACAACUGUGGUAUAAAAUACUGUUCCUCAGGGAUUACGAUGUCCAAUACUAGCUUACAACAAUAGUUAAGUCUUAUCCCAUUAGGUAAGGUAUACAUGGAUCACACGAUGCCAUUGAGCUCGGUUAAAAAUCAAAUUUUCAGAAAUUUGAUUAAUCAAAAGGUCUUUUUUAUUGCUAACACUAGCUUGGUUGUCCAAUACUAGCCUACUAAUUUAAAUUGCUUUUGACAGAUCUAACAAAUGAAUGAUUCCAUAUCAUAUAACUUUAUUUACUUAUUUUUAAUGGUUAGAGCUGAAAUCCAUACAAAAUUUCGUCCUUCUUUUCCUAGUGGUACCAAGCAACAAUUUAUUCUCAAGGAGCAGAAUUUUACAACACAUUACCACUCUUUUUCCUAAAAACUAAUUAUCAAUUUGUUCAUAUCAAUAGGAAUUCAGUUAACAUU